AUGAGAGCAGCAUGGGGAGCAUUCGCAGCCGUCAGGGAAGCUACGGACCAACUGACGCACCAAGAUCUUCGUGCCCAUCUGUUCGACAGUUCUCGACAGUUCUUCCAGCGCUCUGUUUCUUACGCGGUGGAGACGUGGGCAGACACCGCUGCCACGUUUGGGAAGCUACUUACUACCCACAGAGCCCUUGAGGGAUGUCUUCUGAAGUUUAAACGACGCACACAACACCUAGCCGGUCUUCGCAGCUCCGACUUAGGAGGAAUGUUCCGUCUUCGCAACCCAGCGGAACACGUAUCGAAAGCAAAACAUAGAUGUGCCGUUCACAUCAUGAAAAGAAUCGACGAUAAUUGCACUAAAAGAACGCUAGAGUGGAUCCCAAGAGAUGCUAAACACCCUCGAGGGAGACCGCCAACGAGAUGCGGUGACGUGUUCGCUACACGGAUGCACCAGUUGAGCUCUCAGCUGGAUACGGCUCAAGAACCUCUUCAACGUCACUCACAAAACUUGAGAACAUCUUGGAUGACAAUCGCGAGGGAACGAAACGAGUGGAAGGGAUGCUGGGGCCCCACGAUUGACCACAUUCACAUUGUUUCGAAACUCAUCGAGAUAUCACGAGAGUACAAGGUCCCGCUCUGUCUCACCUUCAUCGACUUGAAGAAGGCCUUCGACUCAGUUGAGACAGAAGCUGUCGUGGAAGCCUUGGACAACCAAGGCGUCCCUCCUCUGUACAUAAAGGUACUUCGAGAGUUGCACAGUAACGUCACGACCGAAAUUUCGCCAUUCUACAAGAAUAUCAUCAUUGACGUGAAGAGGGGGGUCCGACAGGGUGUUACAAUCUCACCCAAAAUAUUCUCAGCCACCCGCGAGAACGCAGUGCGAAAGUUGGAUUGGUACGACGUUGGAGUGAAGGUUGAUGGUCGGCAGCUACACCAUUUGCACUUUGCUGAUGACAUUGUACUGAUAACACCUAGCAUCAACCAAGCGGAACGAAUGCUGACCGAAUUGGCUGUGGCUGUCUCCUACGUCAACGAUCGAAGAUUAGAGACGCCGCAGCGUUUGCCAAGGAAAGUAAAAUCAGGUAGGCCGGACACGUGA